AUGUCCCGCCACAAUGAGCAUAUUGAAGAUGAAGAGAAGCCAGGCAAUGGCAACCACGUCGAUAAUACCUCCUUCAUCCUCGCCACUGGACAACGGCAUUCGUCUGGAGAGCAUGUAUACCAACCCAGCGACUUUUCCAUGUGUAUCCUUUUGACCGCUUACGACGCAUUCCACCACCCCAAGAGUUUAACUGGAAACCAGUUAGAGCACCAGCUCUACUCCACCGUCACCCUUCUCAAAUCAACCCUCGGAGUACCCAUGCCAUCAGGGCCGUCAGUUCACGUGGAAGUCGAAGCCAAGGUCUACUACGAAACCAAAUUGACCACGGAUGAACUUGAUUUAAUUUGCGGACCUUACCAGUGUGUCAAUGAACAAGGACAGACAUCCUCGAAGUCGUGGUGGCCAUUGGCCCGGUUCUAG